AUGGCCGACGAAGGGAUUUCCGGGAACGUGAGAUCGACCAGCUUGCUGAGGCAAGCUCCUCAAGAUGAUGUCGUGAAGCCAGAGAAGUCUACUCCAGUUAUACAACAUACUGGGAAGUUGGUUCUGGCACCGGCGCAUCAACUUCCAGCACAUCUCAUCAAGCUGCUGGAAGAAUGGCACCAAGAUCAUCCAAAUGAGCGACCAUUAGCUGCAUUUGAGAAGAGAAGAUCAACGGAGGAAGACAAGGUAUAUAGUAUGCUCUCCCGGGAUCGCAAACAGUACCCAUUGGUGGAAGAAAUUACCAUCACCAAGCCCAUGUACUACUCGGUAUACUAUCUCCCUAUUGAGGAUGGCACGCAAGUGGGUAUUCUCGUUAAGCCCUUGAGUUGGGGAAGUCGGAUAUGCUUUAUGAAGAAAUGGCUCGGCGGCAACAGCUUUCGACCAGAUCCUAUCGCUGUUCGGUUGAUGCAGCUUCAAGGAUCUUUUGGAGAAUUUCCCGAUGAUGCCAUGUGGCAAAGAGCAACUGAGAAGAAACUACCGAAUGAACUGAAGAGUGAGGAAGAAGGGCAGGCAACUCGACCUAGCGUACCGAGGAAAAGGCCACGCGAAGAAAGAGAGUCUACAAGCAGUUCGGGUGGUGAUAUUUAUCCUGAGGUUAUUAAACCUUCGACGCGCCAACAGCAGCCUCGGGCCCGAUCAGGACACGCUCGACAUUCGGAUGGCGCGCUCAGAGACAUCGGCAGUGAUGAAGAAGUCGAAGCAACGCCUGUAGGAUUAUCAAAUGGAGGACUACCCAUCAUAUCGCGCUCAGCAACUGUGAGUAGGUUUACAAACGCACAAUCUCAUAUUUCGAGAAACGCCACAUCUCGAACUUCCCUACCGCACACUCUACAUGGGGGAGCCGCACUCCUCACUUCACCAUUAUUCGUCAACGCGCCAAGCGCUACGACUAGCGAUUCAGGCGUCGAUCUCCCGAUAGCGGCGAAUACACAUCUAAACUCUUCCGGACCGGCACUCAUCACAUUCAAACUACGAAUUCCGCGAACAAGAAUGGAACGCCACAUCCGUAUUGAAGACAGCAACGAGCACAUAGCAGAAGAUCUAUUCAAAGAAGCCACUCAAUAUUUUCGCCGUCACGAUAGAAUGAUCGGUACACAGAUCUUGGAAUGCGUCGUCGAAGGCGAGCCGGAUUGUCGAUGCAUUUACAACGCGAAGGAAUUGCGCUAUUUCAUCGAAGAGCUUCGCGAGCGCCGAGGACUCGUCAAAGUGACUGUGACGCAAAGCUUGUGA